UUGGAGUUUAAGGCUAUCCUCUUUAUCCCAAAGAGGGCACCUUUUGAUAUCUUUGACACAAGGAAGAAGCCUAACAACAUUAAACUGUAUGUACGCAGAGUCUUCAUCAUGGACAACUGCGAAGAGUUGAUUCCAGAAUAUCUUAGCUUUGUUAAGGGUAUUGUGGAUUCUGAGGACCUUCCUCUUAACAUUUCUAGAGAAAUGCUGCAGCAAAACAAGAUUUUGAAGGUCAUCCGCAAGAACUUGGUUAAGAAGUGCGUUGAGCUUUUCUUUGAAAUUGCUGAGAACAAGGAAGAUUAUAACAAGUUCUAUGAAGCCUUCUCUAAGAACCUUAAAUUGGGUAUCCAUGAGGAUUCCCAGAACAAGUCAAAGCUAGCUGAAUUGUUGAGGUAUCACUCUACCAAGAGCGGUGAUGAGAUGACUAGCCUGAAGGACUAUGUUACCAGGAUGAAGGAAGGACAGAAUGACAUCUACUACAUUACUGGUGAAAGCAGGAAAGCUGUGGAGAACUCCCCCUUCUUGGAAAGGCUGAAGAAGAAGGGAUACGAGGUGCUUUUCAUGGUUGAUGCCAUUGAUGAAUAUGCCGUUGGUCAGCUUAAGGAAUUUGAGGGAAAGAAGUUGGUGUCUGCUACUAAAGAAGGUUUGAAACUUGAUGAGAGUGAGGAUGAGAAGAAAAGGAAGGAAGAAUUGAAGGAAAAAUUUGAUGGUCUUUGCAAGGUGAUAAAGGAUGUUUUGGGUGACAAGGUGGAGAAGGUUGUGGUGUCUGAUCGUGUUGUGGAUUCUCCAUGCUGUCUGGUGACUGGUGAAUAUGGUUGGACAGCUAACAUGGAAAGGAUAAUGAAGGCUCAGGCAUUGAGGGACAGCAGUAUGGCUGGAUACAUGUCAAGCAAGAAGACGAUGGAAAUUAACCCUGAGAAUCCCAUCAUGGAUGAGCUGAGGAAGCGAGCAGAUGCUGACAAGAAUGAUAAAUCUGUGAAGGAUCUCGUUCUCUUGCUCUUUGAGACUGCUCUUCUAACUUCUGGCUUCAGCCUUGAUGAUCCCAACACAUUCGGUAACAGAAUUCACAGGAUGCUGAAGCUUGGACUCAGCAUUGAUGAGGAUGCCGGUGAAGCAGAUGCCGACAUGCCACCUCUAGAAGAUGCUGAUGCUGAUGCUGAGGGCAGCAAGAUGGAGGAAGUUGAUUAAGUCUAACUCUAUUGUCUCUUACCAUUAUGAUUCCAGAACAAUCUUUUUUAUAUUUAGUGUUUGUUUUUAAAUUUUGUAAUAUUUGAACUUUUGUUAAGUGGGUGUCAUGUUAAAAUUUUUGUGAGUUUUUUAAUAUUUUAAAUAUUUGAUGGUUAGUAUGAAAAUUUGUAGUUAGUUUUAGUAAUCCUUUUAACUAGUAAAUGUGUGCCUUACUAGUUACUUUUAGUUUUUAUGCCACAAAAAAUUGAAUUAAUAAAAUUAAAAAAUAUUUUUAAAUGUAAAGUAAUAUAUUUUUAA